AGGACAUGGACACCGCGCUCGCCCGGGGCUUCCCCGAGCUGCACUACGACCCAGACGACGACGACGACGCGCCGUGGGACUCGUCCAGCUGGGCAUCCGUCGCCGCCACCGGGCGCCGCAUCUCGAACGGGGGCCUUUCUUCCCGGCGGAAUUCCCUCAGCUCUACCGGUUCCAGGAGGCUCUCGGGCGCGGGGCUGGGCCGCCGGCCGAGCCUCGCGGAGCAGCUGGGCAGCCUCGUGGCGCCCGCCACGGGGCGGCGCGGCUCGAGGAGGUCCACGAACAACAACACCCUCCUCGCUGGUGGGAAUGCUGCCAGUCAGUGGCGCCCGGGCGUGCGCGGCGGCUCCAAGAACGCGGCCCCGGGCCAGCAGGGGAGCCAGUGGACGGUGACCGUCCCGGAGUCGAAGGUCUUCCAGCUCGUGCCGUUCUUCGGACGAGUGAGCAGCACGCGUACCUCUACUGCCAGCAGCGGAGCGCUCUCCGGCGGCCCGCUCCGCACCCACGGGCAGCUCCUCGGGGCCUUCGCGGGCUCGCCGGCUGGCUCCAAAAGCCCACCCGCCUCACCUGCUGCAGUGAGCGCUCCCGUGCUCCCCGUGGAACCCCACGUUCACGUUCGUGACCCUCAUGUGCCCUUGGAGGGUGAUCGCUGCGCCCCGUGACGCGACUUGUAGCGUCAAGCUGCAUCGCCGCGGCCGAGGGGAUUCGAGGGGAGG